AUGGAGCUCGAACCUCAUCUUACACAAUUGUUUAUCAACAACAAGUUUGUUGACUGCCGAAGCAGUAAAAAAGUGUCCGUCUUUAAUCCAGCAAGCGGCGACCUGGUUAGCGACCAAAUCCCCGUUGCCGGCCAUGAAGACAUCGAUGAAGCUGUCAAUUGUGCGAACGAGGCCUUUAGUCUCGACUCCCCUUGGCGUAAGAUGACGAACGCCACGAGGCAGAAGAUUCUCCUUAAGUUCGCAGACUUGCUCGAGGCCAACCAAGAACGUCUUGGCUAUCUGACGCGACUAACAUUGGGGGCACCGUAUCUCCCCUUUGGAAAGUCAGAAAUAGGAACAGCCAUUGGUUGUUUUCGGUAUUAUGCCGGUUGGAUCGACAAAUACGCAGGCCAAACCUUCCCCGCCGAUGACGGCUAUUACAAGAUAGUUAGAAACGAGCCGAUAGGUGUCGUGGCUGGCAUCAUCCCAUGGAACGGCCCGCUGGCGUCCGUGGGCCUUAAAGCAGCGCCGGCACUCGCGACCGGAAACGUAUUUAUCCUGAAACCGAGCGAGAAAACACCGUUGAUGGCGGCAGAACUUGGAAAAUUGGUCAUCGAAGCCGGCUUUCCACCAGGCGUGUUCCAGGUUCUGACCGGAGAUGGGACAACGGGGGCUGCGCUUGCUUCGCACAUGAGGAUUGGCAAGGUGAGCUUUACGGGAAGCAUCGAAACGGGAAAGACUGUGCAAGUUCUUGCGGCCAAGAGCAACCUUAAAAGGGUGACGUUGGAGCUUGGCGGAAAGAGUCCCGCCGUGGUGUUUGAUGACGCGAAUCUGAAGAACGCCGUCGAUUGGACGACCAAUGCCCUACUCACCAAUAGCGGACAGAUUUGUUUUGCAGCAACAAGAGUAUAUGUCCAGGCGGGCAUUUACGAUGCAUUCGUGGAAGCCUAUGCAAAGGCCUUCAAGGAGAAGGAGAGUGUGAUUGGCGAUCCCGAACAACCAGGCACCGAGAUCGGACCAGUCGUGGACAAGGCCCAGUUCGAGAGGAUUAUGAAGAUUAUCACUACUGCCAAGGAUGAGCAGCAAGGCUCAUUGCUUUCUGGAGGAAAGGCCAUUGGAUCCAAGGGUUACUACAUCGAGCCGACAAUCUUUACGGAUACAAAAGACAGUGCGACAAUCUACAAGGACGAGAUAUUCGGGCCCGUGGUGGUCAUCAACAAAUUUGAUACCGAGGAGGAAAUCACUCGCCGCUCUAACGACAGCAAAUACGGUCUCAUGGCAGGUGUCUUCACCCAAGACAUCAGCCGCGCGCUCCGGCUGAGUUCGGCCUUUGACUCGGGAGUCGUAGGGAUCAACUGUGUCAGCACCAUCAGUUUCUCUUGCCCGUUUGGAGGCACCAAGGAGAGUGGGCUCGGGAGGGAGAUGGGGGAGCAUGCGCUUAGGGCGUAUACUGAGCCCAAGACGGUUUUGAUCAAUCUGAAUUAUUAG